AUGGCGAGUGCGGCUCCCAGUGGUAGCGAGGCUCCAGGGGAGUUGACCUGCUCCAUCUGCCUUGACGCCUUCCGCUGCCCUUGCACGCUCAGCUGCGGCCACUCGUUCUGCCUCGAGUGCAUGGAGGGCUACUGGGAUGCGGCCGAGUCCUUCUCCUGCCCACAGUGCCGAGUGACCUUCCCUCGGAGGCCCAAGCUGAACAAGAGCGUGACGCUGGCCAACCUGAUGGAGCAGCGCAGUGCCGCAGCGAAAAUGACCGCCGUGGUCUUGUGUGACUUCUGUAACGAUGGCACGACCUCUGCCUCCAAGACCUGCCUCAAGUGUGAUACCUCCUACUGUGUGACUCAUGUAAAGCCUCAUCAGGAGAACCCGAAGUUCAGGGACCACAUUCUGGUGGAUCCAGUCACGAAUCCUGAAGAACGCCGACAGGACGAGAGCUUGGUCUGCACAACCUGCACCAUAGCAGGAGACCACAAGGGUCACGAUGUGGCUACGCUAGAGGACGAGCACAAGACACGGGAGAAACAAGUGGGAGAGGAGACGCGGGUGGUGGAGGAGAAGAGGAGGAAGGUGGAGGAGUCCAUAAAGCGGAUGGAGGCCGCUCGCAGGGACGUGCAGGGGCACCUGCAGGAGACGCACAGGACAGGGCGGGCUACAGCAGCUCCACCCUCAGCUCCUAGCCAAGAGGACAUUGCAUCACUUAAAGGCACCGAGGGAACUGUGGCUAAAUUCCUGUACGGACGCUCACCGACUCUGGACACAAACUCCGCUUAUGACCAACUCCAAAUCUCCUCGGAUCUCAGGAUGAUGACGCGGACUAGUGACUUCCAGGGUCACCCCGAUCACCCACACCGGUUUGAUUGCUGUGCACAAGCCCUGUGCUGUGAGAGCUUUUCGUCGGGCCACCACUACUGGGAGGUGGACGUGUGGGACGCGGAGUGGUGGCGGGUUGGAGUCGCGUACGGGAUGGUCCCACGGAAAGGGGGUGGUGCUGCACAGCUGCUGGGAGGGAACAACGCGUCCUGGUGUUUAGAGAAAUAUGACGACAACUUCUCAGUCGUUCAUGAUAGAGUGAAGACUGCACUGUUGGUUAGGGGGGCCCCCUUCCUCCGCAAAAUCGGGCUUCACCUGCACUGGGAGGGGGGGCUCCUGGCGUUUUACCGCGCCGACUCCAUGGAGGUGAUCCACGAGGUUAGGCAGAGAUUCUUGCAGCCUCUCUACCCUGCGAUGUGGGUGGUGUUUUGUAAUGAUCGAUUGAAGAUCGUGGAUCUGAGUCGUGCAUGCUGAGGAUGAGGAGAGCAAGAAACCAAGACAGAACCCCAAGAAACAGAGGGGGGAUGGUGAGGAGAGGGGAAUGGAUUCUUUGCUCCACUGCAAGCUUCCUACCACCACUCUCCCAUUGACAUAUUUCGUUGCUUCCUCUUAGUACCUUUCACGUGACGGUCAAUGGUAUAGUGUAUAGCAUAUUGUAUAAUAAUAAUAAAUAGUAUUAAAGUGUAAUGUUUAAUACAAUGUAUAAGGUAAUAUAUAGUAUCGUAAUUGUAUAGUGAAUAUACAGCAGUGUGGUAUACAGUUGGGUGGGUAGAAUAAUACAUAGUGUAAUAUUACACUAUGUAUUAUUCUAAGACCUAGGGUAGUGUAUAUUAAUACAGUAUACAAUUUAAUGUUGGGUUUGUCUAUAGCAGCAUAUAGUAUGGGAUAGACCCGUGUGAUGUAAGGAAAAAGUUUAAAAAGUUUAGCUGGAAGCAUAUUAUAUUUUUUGCGACCUAUAAUUGUAAUGUAUUACUUACGGUUAGUAGCUCAGCUUAUUGAGAGUAUAUUUAGCAUACUGAUGAUACUAUGUAGUUUAUACUUUAGCUUUUUACGUGGUUGUUUAGUUACUGCAGCUACAUACUAUUAACACUCCUUCCCUUUAUUAAUGCUACCCCUACCCCCUCCCUUUGAUGCUGCUAAUCCUGCAUAAUGCAUGGGCAUAAUAUGACUUUGAAAACCCCCCGCCCACCUCCCACGCAUUUCACAAUUAGCACUAGUUGCAUUCCUGCAUUUCCCAUAAAUAUGCUAAAUUCCUCUUCAUAUGCAAAUUAUUUUGUCAAGGCGCUCUUCCUCCUCCCUCCGAGCUUAAAUAGACGCUCCAAGCCUAGGACGUGUCAUUCAGACUGUCUUAUCGACAGACAUGUUCUUCACCUGAGGACGGCUGCUUGCGUUGUGGCCGAAACGUCGUGAGAAUUAUUUUAUUAUGUUUUAUUAUUUUAUUACUUCCCUUCUACGUGACUUUACCGAAAGAACCAAGAAAAUGUAGAUUUCGUUUAGCAUCAAGUGAUGCGAGAUGUUAUUUGAAGUCGAGGUCACAUUUGUGGGUCCUGUAUGGUACAUCCAAUACAAAUCCAAGAUCAGAAUGAUGAAUAGGGUUUAGUUUGUUAAGUGUUAGAUUAGUAGCUGAUGUAUACGCAGCAUCACCAUAGCCACCGUGCCUUGUUAUUUAAAAAUUUGUGGACGAGAUGUUACCACGAUAUAACUUUUUGAUAACAGUCUGAGAUGUAUCUCUGAAAUCAUUUUAUCGUACAGUCUGACUGUGUCUUGUGAGUAGAAAAUCAUGGUCAAGAGUUUCAAAAGGCUUUUGACGAGGAUACAAUGCCACGUUACAGACAAGAAAUGACGAUGUCGUUAAUUUACGCGGCACAGCCGAUGGUGGUGUACCUCGACACAUCUGUCACUUCUCCUGCCCAAAGGAGACUAACUUAACCCAUGAUUCAUGAACGCAUUUAACAAUAACCCUGGAAUAUGCUCACACAGCAGAAUGGGGAAGAUAAGGAGGCGUGUCAAGAUGGAAACAUUUCACAUAUUCAAGGGCCUCUCCAUGGACAUGGAUAGUCGUCGCUAUUGUCACAGAUCCAAUGGCGGUUGACGGACGACCUUGGCUUUGGUGAUAUUCAAGGGAGACAAAGGUGGCCGCGCGUGGUACUGCCCACCCACCCCCACUCCUCGUGUGCCGUGCCGGCCUUCAUUGGUGCUACUCGCUCAUAGCACUUGGCUCAGCAGAAGUGUGCUAAGGCUGUACGGGGAUAUUUGUGAAAAGUUCUACAGUCUUGUCAUCUCCCACAGCUCCAAGAUUACGGAGCCAUCGCUGCAAUCCAUAUUUAGUCAGCUGGGAAGAGUAAGACAAAGUUCAUUUUAAAUCAGUGGGGUAUCUCUCAAUGUAUCGCCCUGUUUUCGGGUGAUUUCUCAAGGUUGUGGUUUAUAUGUUAAAGGUGGUUUCAGGUGUUGGUGGUUUUUGGUCAUUGUAGGAAUGAACGCUUUGUUACAAUGUGA